AUGAACCUGCUGGACGAGAGCUGGGACCUUCCUGUAUCUAAGAAUGUCAGUAGAGAGCUAUUCACGGCUUAUGCAGAGAACGACACCUUUGAUGAGGACAGCUUCCUCCUAGAGAACAACUUCCAGUACGUCCCACUCAAUACACUAGCCAAGGACCUCCAAGAGCUCACUCAGCAAAUGGACAAGGUAAUGCUAGAGACAUCCAGCAGCAGCUACAAUGACUACACUAAGCUAUGUGAGCAGUUCUCCGACUCCGCGGAGGCCAGACCCGAGCUACAAGGUGUUAGGAUGGACAUAGCCAAGUUUUUGGACCAGCUGCGGGAGCUCAAAGAUACCAACAUAUCUAACACGAGGGAAGUGGUGACCGACACCGUGGACUACCUACGCACUCUAGACAGGCUGUCGGAAACGCUGCAAGAGUGCAAAGUUCUGUCCUCAAUGAUGGAACUAGGACGCAAGCUGUGCAAGCGUCUCGAUUCUUUGUGUCAAGAGACAGACCUUGAGGUGUCUCUAUGCAGCGAUCUGGUGCUGCAGAUACACCAGAUAUCAAGCAAAUCGCACACGUUGCUGCUUAAGAUGCAGGAAAUUGAGUCCCCUCUCCUCACGCAGAUCAGAAUUGAGCACCAGAGCAUCGCAGACCAGUUCAGAGCGUGUCUCCAUCAUUUGUGCGAUAAGUGCCUCGAAAGACCCACAGAGACAGAAGAGCUGGGCGCAACACUUGCACAACUACUUGCGCAAAGUUCAUAG